AUGGUAUGCGACUGUUUGGAGCGCGAGCGCGCGCCAGGAUGGCGGUUGUCGGCGGCACGACGGACGUUCGUGGCGGAGGCGAUCCCGGUGGUGCUGAAGCGGCUCCGACAUCGGACACUGGGCCAAUCGCUGCAGGGGGUUUCGCGGCGCUGGGCGCAGUUGGCGCUAUUGUUGAAGAGCGGGUUGUCGGAGGCUGAGUUCGCCCAACUUGAAACAAAGGCACGGGAGGCGGUGCCGGCGCCGGCGGGACAGCCGGGCUGGCAGGUCUUGGCCGCCGGACUGGACCAGUGCGCGACCUCCGACGAGCUGGUCGGACGAUGUCGAACAGAGAGGCGGCUGGACCUUCGAGGGACGGGUCUCCCGGAGACCGAAGACGCCGCACACAAGAUCUUUGCCACCAUCGAGCCAGCCGGCCGCAUUGACCCUUCCUCUACUGCCAUCGAGUGA